GCCAGAACACUCUGUGCCAUUUUCUACUUCUUCUUCGUUUGUAUUUAUGAGAAGAAGGAAUUUAUUUUCAUCAUGGGUACAGGAAAGAAAGAGGCCUCACGCAGAGAGCGCCAAGGCAAGGUCGGAGAUGGCAUGGCCAACGUCAGGACAAAAGGCGAAAACUUCUAUCGCGAUGCGAAGAAAGUCCGUCAUUUGAAUAUGUACAAAGAUGGCAAGGCCAAACGAGAUGCCGAGGGAAAUAUUGUCAAGGCUGCUUCGUACCAGUCUACAGAAUUACCCAAUGCCCGAAUAGAACCAAACCGCAAGUGGUUCGGUAAUACGAGAGUUAUCUCCCAGGAGGCGUUGACUUCCUUUCGAGAAGCCGUUGCCGAACGAGCCUCAGACCCGUACCAGGUUCUUUUGAAAACAAAUAAAUUGCCUAUGAGUUUGAUCAGAGACGGUCAGGAACUCAAUGGCCUCAAGCAACAUCGUGCGAAAAUGACUAUUGAGACUGCUCCUUUUGGAGAUACCUUCGGGCCUAAAGCUCAGCGGAAACGUGUCAAGCUUGAUGUCGGCUCGCUGGAAGACCUCGCUGGAGAGUCUGUCAAAAUGCACGAUUCAUACUUGGAAAAAUUGGAUCAAGCCAAAUUAUUGAGUGGAAAAUCGGGUGAAGAUGACGGUGAAGAUAUCAGUGUCAUGGGAGUAGCUCGUGAACAUGUCUUCUCCAAGGGUCAGAGCAAACGUAUCUGGAAUGAACUUUAUAAGGUCAUUGACUCUUCAGACGUUGUCAUCCAUGUCCUGGACGCUCGUGAUCCUGAAGGAACAAGGUGCAGAAGUAUUGAGAAAUAUAUCCGUGACGAAGCACCGCAUAAGCAUUUGAUAUUCGUCUUGAAUAAAUGCGACUUGGUUCCGACAAAGGUUGCUGCCGCAUGGGUACGCCACCUGUCCAAGAAUUAUCCCACUCUGGCUUUCCAUGCCUCGAUCAACAAUUCGUUCGGCAAGGGAUCACUUAUCCAGCUUUUGCGUCAAUUUUCAUCUCUUCAUUCUGAUCGCAAGCAGAUUUCUGUUGGCUUUAUUGGAUAUCCCAACACGGGAAAGUCCUCCAUCAUCAACACUCUUCGGAAUAAAAAGGUUUGCACUGUUGCACCCAUUCCUGGGGAAACCAAGGUCUGGCAAUAUAUCACACUCAUGAAGAGGAUAUAUCUUAUCGAUUGUCCUGGAGUUGUACCUCCAAAUCAAAAUGAUACCGAGGAAGACAUUCUGCUUCGAGGAGUUGUCCGAGUUGAGAAUGUUCAUAACCCGGAACAAUAUAUCCCAGGUGUUCUGAAGAAAGUGCAAACGCGUCAUAUCGAGCGCACUUACGAGAUCAAGGACUUCGACGGCGAUGCUGUAGAAUUCCUUAGUAUACUUGCUCGAAAAGGUGGUCGAUUGCUACGAGGCGGUGAGCCCGAUCUAGACGGCGUUGCAAAGAUGGUGAUCAAUGAUUUUCUUCGAGGAAAGAUACCUUGGUUUACACCGCCGCCUCAUAAUGAAGGAAACGAAGAUGAAAAGAUUGAAGGCCGAGAGGGUCGUCUUGGAGAGAUGUCUAAAAAACGCAAGAGAGACACAGCCGCAGCGAUUUCCGAAGCAAAGGAUGAGGAAGAUGACUCCAAUGAAUUUGAAGGAUUCGAUGAAGACGAUGAAUCCGACGGGGGUAUCCGUGUCUCAGAUGAUGAACAAGAAGAAGAAGAAGAAGGAGAGGGAAAUGAAGAAGACCAGAAUGAAGAUGCACCUGCAAAAGAUUGAAGUCAACUGUUUAUUUCUAUGUUCGAUUCAUUUUUGCAGAUGUCGAAGAUCUUCAGCAUACCAACGCAGCUUGACACGCAAUAUUGCGUCGAGUCACCUGCUUCGCAGUGUCUUAAUAUAAGCCAGCUCCGCUUGGCUGCAUCCGGGACAUACAUCGUCGAAACACGUAUGUACUUUGGGAGCGUACUGCCCAAGCUUUACCAGCUACCCCUGAAGCUGUCUGCCUGUAUGUGCUGGCUUGUAGAAGCAACUUGGGCUUCCUGUAAAGACUGGAAUGUCGCCUCAUUGUUUCACAUGACCUGUGAUACUGUCGAUACACAACAGACGAAUUCAUACCAUCGCAUCAGUUGAUGCAGACAUGCUCGGUACAAAUGUAUCCUCAUAUCAUCGUAGUCU